UUUUCUGAGAGGACGAGGACGUAGAAGAAGAAAACAAGCACUAGCGUCCAGUUGGCUGUGCGCCAUAGCAGUUAGAAGAAGAAGAAGUUGACAUCAAUUCUUUUCCGGGAUAGGCUAGAUGUCAAGCGGCAUUACACCUGCACCGUUUUCAAGGAUGGCGGCACUACACAACGAGCCACCGAAGCGUUACGUAGGAAUUAUACCAAGGGUCUCAAUACAAGAAGGUGUGAUGCUUGGCGCCUUCGGCCUCCUGAUAACGACCUGCACUGCACUUAUUACGCUAGUUAUAGCUAAUCACUACCUCGGAACACCGGAUUCUUCCGAGGACUACAUUCGAGACCUGCAGGCCAUCAUGAGAACGGAAGUCAGCCCGUGUCAGGACUUCUACAAGUACGUCUGCGGACGAUGGGACGCCGUCCACCCUGGAGAUCAAGGUCCCCCACAGAUGGCAAAUAGAAAGAUUGACGUGGCAUUCGAACGUACCGCGCGCGGCAGGUCGCUUGUCAAGCAGAACACCAUAUACGACAAAAUUGAUGCGGGCAUGAGGCUGUGCCGUAAGAUGCUGAAGAACAAGCGGAACGACCGUGACUCGGUUGCCCGUUUCCUCGAAAGGUUCGACCUGAGAACGCCGUACCAAUCGGAUGAAGUCGAUGUGCCACAUCCUCUGACGGUCCUGGUGAAUCUGGCCCUCGGGUCCAGUCUCUUUAUUCUUUUUGGAAUUCAUCCUAUGUUAGACUUGCGUCGCCAGGAUGGAAGCACGAUCAUGGGGAUUACGGAACAAGAUAUGUUCCGUGAUAUUAUUAAGUCUUCCGACAACAUCUUGAACUACGCAUCGGCCAUUGGGGGUGACCCCUCGAAGAACAGUUACGCAAAGGACGUCCAAGCAGUCCACAGCCACAUAAAGAAAGCUCUAACGUUUGCUUCUGGAGGUAACGCGGAGUACGUAUCCCUCCAAAACCUCACUGUCCACACGCCUCAUAUACCGGUAGAUGUAUGGAUCGAGGCCUUCAACGCUAUCAUGGAAGCACCCUUGCAGAAUGAUUCCCAGAUCUUUUUACACACCCCGCUACCGCUCAAGGUGGUUGACCACAUGGUCGUCAAAUGCGGAAAGCACGCCAAGAUACUGAACUGGAUAACUUACAUGGUACAGGUCUAUUUCUCUGACGCCUCCUCCUCCCAGUUUUCCCGCAGCAUUGGUCUUGAGAAUAAUAUGUGUUUCCAAUACAUGGCGCACAUAGCACCGAUACCCGUCGUCGCGAAAUACCUGCAUGACGUGACCCCCGCCGGUGAAAUUGGAUACGUGAGACACGUGUACCAGAACAUGAGGGAAGUCUUCCCGCUGUUCUACACCUGGAUGAACAACUUGACUCGCUCCACCUCCAUGAGCAGGUUCGACAAAUUGGAACCGAUAUUCACCGAGUAUCUCCAGUCUCCCACUGAUCUGGAAAAAAUGUACCCGUAUAUCCCCGAAUUUGAAACUCCAUUCGUAGAAUCCCUUCUAGCAGCUCUCGAAGGCAAGGCUGCCUACGCUCUCCACGCGUACACGAGGAGCAAGCGGCGUGCACAAUGGAGUAACCACGCCAACCGCACCAGCUCGGCAGUGGACCUGGACUACGGCAGCUCCUACCACAGCAUAACUACGCAACUUCUACCGUUAAUGGUUGCGUUCAAGAAGAGUAGGUCACUGGCGGCCUGGUACGGACGCCUGGGACCCGUACUGGCGCACGACAUAGCACGGAGCUACAACAUGAGACACGUCGUAGAAGAACGCGACGACGACAUCACGGACGAAGAGGGCGAAUACAAGCGCAGAUCGUCGUGCAUACUGCAGCUGUACGACAAAGACGUUGUCAUGCUGCACAAAGACACGUAUAGCGAGGUCACGUUGAACGAGAACAUGGGAGACGUCGGGAGUUUGCAGGUGGCGUUGGAAGCCGCAAAACAGGACGAGAGGCGCCCUCUGGAAGGCGACUCGCGCAUGUCGGGAACAACGAAUAGGCAACUCUUUUUCAUCUCGUCCUGCUACAAGUUCUGUACGUUCGAGCGAAACGUGACCGUGAACACGUGGAGAGACGCGCACGCCAGGAACGACCACAGGUGCAACGUACCUGUGAGGGCCACGAGGGAUUUCUACGAGGCCUUCGGGUGUGCAGUGUCGGAAAGCGAACUUUGCGCUAUUGCUUGAUCUGUCUGUCUUCUAGUGAUCUCGAUUUCGUAGAAGGAAUACGAUGAUGGUUUCUGCAUAAAUAGACCAUGAACUCUGUAGAAUUUAGUAAAACCU